AGGAAAAUAACAUUGUGCCUUGUAAUCGAAGGUACAUCGUUUCUUCAGCCUUGCUCAAAGGCAUCGUCCUCCCUCCCAACCCCGAAACCCUAGUCAUCAUUCCCUACCAGAAAUCUCGACGAUGGGCCGUGACACGCUGGCACUACCAGCAACACCCUCAACAGCGCCGACUGCGCUGGCACCGGGCUUCAGAUUUCAUCCGACAGACGAGGAGUUGGUCAUAUACUACCUGAAACGCAAGGUCGACGGCAAACCCUUCCGAAUCAAUGCCAUAUCCGAGGUCGAUAUCUACAAAAGCGAGCCUUGGGACCUAGCAGAUAAGUCGGGUUUGAAGACCAGGGAUCAAGAGUGGUACUUUUUUAGUGCAUUAGAUAAGAAGUAUGGCAAUGGGGCGAGAAUGAACAGGGCUACAAGCGAAGGUUACUGGAAGGCGACGGGGAAGGACCGUCUGGUCCAUCACGGAUCUAGGAAGGUCGGGCUGAAGAAAACUUUGGUUUUUCACAAUGGGCGAGCUCCCGGUGGGAUGAGGACCAAUUGGGUAAUGCAUGAGUACAGGCUUGCUGAUGAAGAACUGAAGAAAGCUCAGGAUGCGUAUGUGCUGUGUAGAGUUUUUCUUAAGAAAAAUAUAGGGCCACCAAAUAGCCAUCGAUAUGCACCUUUUAUUGAAGAGGACUGGGAUGAUGGUACACCAGCUUUUCUUUCGGGGAAAGAAGCCAGAAAUGAAUUGGUAGCUGGCCACGAUGCACGUGCUGAAGGGGAUGACCACGAUGCACGUGUGGAAGGGGAUGACCAUGAUGCACGUGCUGAAGGGCAUGACCACGAUGCACGUGCUGAAGAGGCAAGCCAUGAUGCAUGUGCUGAAAAAGCUGGCCAUGGUGCAUUUGUUGAAGGGAAUGGCCAUUGUGCAUUUGUCGAGAAUAAUUAUGAUGAAUGUGUUGAGAACUGUCAGGAUUCAUUUGUUGAAGGGAAUAGCGUUGAACAGGAUACUCAGUCCAUUAAUGAGGCUCCUCUUAGGGCUAAUGAAGUCCCAAGGGACUCUCAAAAUGCUUUGGUCGUCUGCAAGUGUGAGAAAACUGAUGAUUGUCGUUUGCCCUACAUGGAUAAUCAAAGACCCUUCCCCCUGAUCAAAUAUAAAAGAAGGCGUCAUUACGAACUGAAUUCUAACCAUUCAAAUCCUUCAGAGACAUCACCUAGGAUGAGUCAGGAUCAUGGUUCCUCUACAACCACCACCGCAGCAACAACAUUGAUGACAACAACAAGCACCACCACCACCACCACAGCAACUACAAGAAAUUUUCUUUCUGCACUGGUGGAAUAUUCACUGUUAGAAUCUUUUGAACCCAAAGAUAGUCUUUCAGUUUCUCCUGAAUUUGAUCCUGCUAGUCUCGAUUCAUCCGUGCCUCCUAGCUGCUUGAAAUUUAUACAAGAUUUGCAAAAUGAGAUUCAUAAAAUUUCAGUAGAGAGGGAGACAUUGAAGUUUGAAAUGAUGAGUGCCCAAACCAUGAUUAACAUUCUUCAAUCUCGAAUCGAUCUUCUGAACAAGGAAAAUGAAGAUUUGAGGAAGAGUAACCGGGAUGUCAAGUGAACGGCGGUAGUGCGCGUGUAAUAUCAUCUCUUGUUAUGUUGUAUGAAUCUUCAGCUUCCAAUGUGGCCUUGUACCCCAAGUGAGUUGAUGUGAGAUUAUGUAAUCUUUUCCAGCGCAAGUUUUGAACUUCGUUGUAAGAAAAUCGAACUGAGUCUCUGUGAAACAGUUGAAAUGCUUUUCCCUAUUAAGUACUCGAUCCUACAGCUGAGGUUCACUGAAUAAAACUGGAUCAUGGGCCAACUUUUCCCUUGAUCGCUUGGCGUGAUA